GUGUCUGGCGAUACCCUGAGAGAGUUUCUGUUAAGAUGUUACGAACUGGGACAUAUCAGCACCGGGGAGUACGUGUUCUUGGAAAUCUUACCGUUUCCGUUUCCGGGCGACUACUGGGGCAACCAUGAUUGGAGGAGAGGAGACUCACGUGACCCUGACGCAAAGAAAGCGUACGAAGUGCUACUUCGAAUCUCACUGUUUGAACCAACGUCCGAAAACUGGACGAACUUCACAGAACUUGUGAUCCGUGAAGCCAAUAAAACGUACAACUUUGACUUCAAAGGCGAACAAGUUAAUUUUUACAUUGGAGCAUUCUACGACGGAGUUAUCAGAUACGGCCACCUGGUAAAACAGGCUUUAGACCUCGGUAUCCACUACACAGACGGGUACAGUUUGUCCAGACUUUGCUGGAACAAAACAUUUACAGGUGUCACGGGCAAAUAUCAUAUAAACGAGGAUGGUGAUCGUCAGACAGACUUUGCUAUAUUAGACAUGGAUCCAGAGACUGGCGACUUUCAGACUGUGGCCCAUUCGUUUGGAGAGGAACCAUUCUACAUUCCGUACCAGGGUCGCACGAUCCACUGGCCUGGCCCCACGCAACAACCUCCACUCAAUGUGCCACGCUGUGGAUACUUAGGAAAUUUCUCCAUCUGUCAAGAGAACGAUAUUCCUGUGUACGCCAAAGUCCUCGUCGGACUGCUUGCCAUAGUCAUCGUUGCGAUUAUUGCUUUGAUACUUGUAUAUCGUCGGAGAAGAUGGGAGCGAGAACUCAGAGACAUGUCGUGGCAAAUAAAACUGGAAGACCUUAAUUUCCAAGGUCAGAUGACCGGAAGCAGACUUAGCAAGCUGUCAUGUGGCUGGCUGGCUGAUGAGACUGAGUCAAUAAUGGGGAAAAGUUGCAGCUCGUUCGGUCCUCAGCUUAAUAUGCCAGGGACGAACCAGAAAUUCACCAGGGUGGCCACCUAUAGAGGGGUUGUCGUGGCCGUCAAACCCACACACAAGGAAAAAAUAGUUUUCACUCGGGAAGUCCUUUUGGAGCUAAAAUUGAUGCAGCACCUUCACCAUGAGAACAUGACGGAGUUUGUAGGAGCCGUGGUUGAACUGAAGAACAAUUUUAUCAUCACUGAAUAUUGCAGUAAAGGUAGUUUACAGGAUGUUCUACAGAACGACUCCAUUAAACUGGACUGGAUGUUUAGGUUGUCUUUACUUCGAGACAUCGUCAGGGUAACGUAUCAUAUACUACAUCAUAUAUUACGAAUACAUGCCAUUCCAAACGGAAUGACCUUUCUUCACCAGUCUCCUAUCAAAAUUCAUGGACGUCUGAGGUCAACAAAUUGUCUCGUAGACCGGAAGUUUGUGCUCAAGAUAUCUGGAUUUGGACUUCCAAUUCUCUGUGAAAGGGCGCCAAGUGAAGAGGAGUUACUAACGCAUGCGCACUACGAAAAAUUGCUCUGGGUUGCGCCGGAACUACUUAAUGUACCAGUGAAAAUUCGUACGCAGAAAGGUGAUAUUUACAGCUUGGGAAUUAUUCUGGAAGAAGUCAUUCACAGAGCUCUGCCAUACGAGAAAUCGCGGGCAGAUAUGGGACCCAAGGAAAUAAUUGCACUGGUAGGCAGUCAUUUGGAUCCGCCAUUUCGACCAAAGUUAGACACAUACCAAGGUAACGUACCAGUGGGAGUGUACAGUCUAAUGUACCGAUGUUGGGCGGAAUUGCCCGAAGAUAGGCCAACCUUUCCCAUUGUGGAAAAAAUCAUUAGCAAGCUUCAAGGGAACAAAGAAGUGAACCUUGUCGAAGCACUCAUUCACCGUCUGGAAGAAUAUUCCUCUAAUCUGGAAUAUACUGUGGAGGAACGAACUCAGCAACUUUUAACCGAGAAGAAAAAAUCAGAAGCUCUUCUGUACAAAAUCCUUCCAGUGACGGUGGCGGACCAGUUGAAACAAGGGAAGCACGUGGAACCCGAGAUGUUCGACUGUGUAACAGUCUAUUUCAGUGAUAUCGUCGGCUUCACCAAGAUGUCAUCAGAAAGUUCACCGGUAGAGGUAGUGGAGUUUCUCAAUGACCUCUACACGUUGUUUGACAGUGUCAUAGAAAACUACAACGUGUACAAGGUGGAGACAAUCGGCGACGCCUACAUGUGUGUUUCCGGUCUGCCAAUCAAAACGGAGGACCAUGCUGUAGAAAUCUGCCAUAUGGCCCUUGCGCUGUUGAGAGGCGUUAAGCAUUUCUCCAUCAAACACAGACCAGACGAACACCUCCGAGUCAGGAUUGGCAUCCAUUCUGGACCCUGCGCUGCCGGCGUGGUUGGGCUGAAGAUGCCGCGCUACUGUCUGUUUGGUGACACCGUCAACACGUCGUCCAGGAUGGAGUCCAAUGGGGAAGCGCUAAAGAUUCACAUCAGUAUGUCAACCAAAACUCUCCUUGAUAAAGUGAAACUGUUUGACACCGAGCUACGAGGCACGAUCGAAAUGAAAGGUAAAGGCGCACAGGUUACGUAUUGGUUGAUUGGAGAGCGAAGUACAAACGACGACUAGAUCAAAGCAUAACUAUCGAGUUGUCUUCACAAAUUACAGACACUUUCUGGCAUUGAACAACGUUUACCUCGAAUUUUCCAGGAAUUGUACACCCUUCUAUAAAGUACAGACUAUCUACCGUAUAUGUGUUAAUAACCGGUAUGUAUUGAAAUAGUGUUUAGUACAGUUAUCAUGUAUCUGGACAAGCGACAGGUAUUUGGAUUGAGCUUUCAGUAUAACAAGAUUGUUUUUUCGAGAAGCUUGAAAACCAUUGUUUAGGUCAUUAUACUGAGAUGUGCAAGUAAACAUCAGGAAGCUUCAGCCUCUCACCAGAAAUCUCAGACACAAAAUACGGAGGACCAUAAUCAGUUCGUGUUUAGUAUAUAAUUGUGCUGUGCCUAUCGGUGUGGUGGUUGGGGUUGUGUUGGGUAAUGUUUGGCAUGCUUCCAUCAAAUGAGUGUCCAAGCACGCCUGUUAUGAGCACAAACUUGGACUUCGCCAUUGAGUUCUGUCCAAGACAGGUGAUGUGCUUAAAUAUUUGUGUUCAUAAAUAUUGUUAUGUGUGUUACUUAGUGGUGUCAGAAACAUUAAAACAAAUAUAUAGAAUCAAUGUAAUAUUGUAUUAAAGGCAUGUCGUCACAGACUAUUGACUAUUGAAUGAUCUAACAAAGUAUUUCCCGAAACGAUAUAAAUUUGAUUUGUCCCUAAAUGUACAUUUAUUCAACUAUCUGCGUAACCACUAUACUCCACUUAUUAAUGAUAUUUUGUAAAAAUAAAUGCAUUAUGGCAAUGGUCCAUAAUUAAAAAAGUAAAAUUGCCGAGAGGGUUGACAUGGAUUUCAUUCCAUCAUGGUUCAUUUAGGAUGAUGUGAUAGCAAGAUUUGGUUUUCAAAAAUUAGAUGUAAUUUUCAUUUAUUAUCCACUUUUAGUGAAAUAAGGUCCUUACAUCCGUGACAGUAUGCCUUUAAACAGUGUUAGCAGUGUACGUUAUCUGUUGGUAAAAGAUAGAAGUUGAAUUGAUGAAAUGUAUGGUUACUAUAGGGUGUAUACUACCAAAUCAAAUCCCAUAGACGACAAUAGUAACAUAUACGGCUAAAACUCCUACCUGCAACGUAUCAACCGACAUAAACGCCACGGAUAU